AUGAGAGUAGUAGCAUCUUCCUCUGUCUCAUUCUCUCUGCAACUAUCCUUUCUUCUUCUUCUUCUCCUUGCUUUUGCUAUUAGAUCGAGCUCGUCUUCAUUGAACGAUCCGUUUCUCGGCAUUUCUCCUCAAGAUGAGAAGUAUUACAAGUCAUCUUCGGAGAUAAAGUGUAAGGAUGGAUCAAAGAAAUUCACGAAAGCUCAGCUCAACGAUGAUUUCUGCGACUGUGCAGACGGAACCGACGAGCCAGGUACAUCAGCUUGCCCAAACGGAAAGUUCUAUUGUCGGAACGCAGGCCACUCUCCAUUAGUUUUGUUUUCUUCCAGAGUCAACGAUGGCAUAUGUGAUUGUUGUGAUGGAAGUGAUGAGUAUGAUGGUAAAGUGACGUGCCCAAAUACAUGCUGGGAAGCUGGAAAAGCUGCUCGAGAAAACCUGAAGAAGAAAAUCGAAACAUAUAAUCAAGGGCUUGUUAUAAGGAGGAAGGAUAUCGAGCAGGCGGAAGUGGGUCUGGAGAAAGAUGAAGCAGAGUUGAAGAAGCUGAAAAGCGAGGAGAAAAUUUUGAAAGGCCUUGUUCAACAGCUGAAAGAACGUAAAGAACAAAUUGAGAAAGUAGAGGAGAAGGAGCGUUUACAGAAAGAAAAGGAGGAGAAGGAAAGAAAAGAGGCUGAAUUAGCUGCCCAGCCAGGAAAGGUGGACGGUGAGGAGAAGACAGGUGACAAUGAAAAAGUUGAAGGAAGCACAGAUGAGGAAGGGACGCCUGGAGAUUCACAUCACGAUGAAAAUGCACAUCAUGAUGAGAUUGGUAAUUACAAGGAUUUUCCUUCAGUUGAGGAGCCAGCAGCUGAAGCUGAACCAACAAGUAUAUUGGAAGAGGCUACUCACACUGAUCCAACAGACGAGCAUGUUGUGGAGACGAAGGAGGAAUCUCCCUCAUCUGAGGAUUCCGUCACAGAUGGAUCUCAAAAUGAUGAUGGUAGUACCAAAAAGGAGGAAUCAGACGAGGUGAAAAAAGAGGAGGAUCUUGUAUCCGAGAAGAAGGAAGAGUUGUCAAAGGAGGAGUUGGGGCGUCUUGUUGCUUCUCGUUGGACAGGAGAGAAAUCUGAUAAGCCAGCUGAGGCAGAUGAGAGCCCUCAAGCUGAUCAUCAGGAAAACCAUGAGCAUACACCCAUCACUCCACAUGAAGUAGAUGAGGAUGAUGGAUUUGUUUCAGAUGGUGACGAGGAUACCGGAGAAGAUGGGAAAUACAGCGACCAUGAUCCCGAAGAUGAUUCCUAUGAAGAGGAGGAUCGCCAUGAUUCUAGCACGUCCUACAAAUCUGAUGCAGAAGAUGACGUCGAUUUUUCAGAGACAAUCUCAAAUCCUACUUGGUUGGAGAAGAUACAAAAGACUGUCAAGAACAUUUUACAGGCUGUGAAUUUGUUCCAAACUACCCCAGUGGACAAAUCAGAGGCUGAUCGGGUACGCAAGGAAUACGAUGAGUCGAGCUCAAAACUGAACAAAAUACAGUCAAGGGUAUCGAGCUUAGAAAGGAAGCUAAAACAAGACUUUGGACCGGAGAAAGAGUUCUAUUCAUUCCACGGUCGUUGUUUUGAAAGCAAACAGGGCAAGUAUACUUACAAAGUCUGCGCAUAUAAAGAAGCAACGCAAGAGGAGGGCUAUUCGAAAACUCGUUUAGGGGAGUGGGAGAAAUUCGAGAACUCGUACCAGUUCAUGACAUAUACAAACGGGGAUAAGUGCUGGAACGGUCCCGAUAGAAGCCUAAAAAUUAAGCUAAGAUGUGGGUUGAAGAAUGAGCUUAUGGACGUCGAUGAACCAAGCCGUUGCGAAUAUGCAGCGGUCUUAUCUACUCCAGCUCGGUGUUUGGAAGACAAACUUAAGGAGCUACAACGGAAGCUCGAGAAGCUGAUGAACCAAGACCAACCUCAGAAGCACGACGAACUCUGA